GUUUAGUACUUCGUAACUUACGUUGUAAAUUGUACUUUGCGCAACCGCGACGGCAGGAGCCAGGACCACCACCAGCGUAGCGUCAUCAGUGCCUUCCCAUUCAGCUGCCGUGAGGUGGUCAGGCCGAUUCCCAUUGCACCCACUGACCGCCGCUGGGCCACGUAGGGCAACUUCCUUACGACUUUCAAUAGCGGCGGCGAGCCUCCCCCUCCACCAGAACUCACACAUCGCCAACAAGGACGGCAGCUCUCGCGUAGGUCCUCACGGUGCUGGCUGGGCCAUCCAUCAAGCAACCCCGCUCACCUCGAUUCGGAACUCAGACCCUGCGUUACGCACCUGCACUGCACGUCCAGUGUACAUACACGACAUGACGCACCCCGACCAGCCGCUCGACUCCCUGCGCCAGGCCGGCGGCGGCGCCAGCGAGACGGUGCGCGUUGUCAAGACGCUCGGCGAGCACACUGUUCCCUACCUGCGGCACAUCUUCGAGUCGCACGCCGGCCCCGACAAGACGUGGACCGCAGGUCAGGUCAAGACGUUUGUCCAUCGCGUCCAGGAGAGCAGCGAUGCCACCCCCGCCGCGGCCCACCUGCUGAGCCAGGCCAGCGUCGACUUCAACGGCUUCCUGGCGUACAUGACGUCUGCCGACAGCGCCAUCACGGCCCCCUGGACAACGUGCGACCUCUCGUGGCCCCUGGCGAGCUACUACAUAAGCUCCAGCCACAACACCUACCUCUCGGGCAACCAGCUCUCCAGCGACAGCACGACGGCCGCGUACACCAACGUGCUGCUGCGGGGAUGCCGCUGCGUCGAGAUUGACGUCUGGGAUGGCGACGAGUCCGAUGCCGAGAGCUCUGCCAGCAGUGACUCCGGAGACGAGUCCAACGGCAAAGCCGGCAAACCCAAGGGGGCCAAGUCCAAGACCAAGAGGAGCAAGUUUAGUAUGCUCAAGGACAAGCUGCCCGACUCGCUUUCGGCAAAGCUUGAGAAGACGAGCUUGGGUAGGAAGAUGGAGGAAAAGAAAACCCACGAGGUCGAGCCCGACGACCAGCCCGAGGUAGCCAUGAUCGAGCCGAGAGUGCUGCACGGCUACACCUUGACCAAAGAGGUCUCCUUCCGAGAUGUGUGUGUCGCCAUACGGGAGUCUGCCUUUGCGGUCACGGACCUGCCGCUCAUCAUCAGCCUCGAGGUUCACUGCAACGCGGAGCAGCAGGCAACCAUGGUCAAGAUCAUGAAGGAGGUGUGGCAGGGGUUCCUCGUCGCCGAGCCCGACACGCCGGCUCGCCUGUUGCCCAGCCCGGAGGAGCUGAGAGGCAAGAUACUCAUCAAGGUCAAGCAUGUUCCUGCCAAUGUCGCUGUGCCAGAGACGUCAGACAGUGGCGAGGACGAUCGUGUCCCAACCGAAAAGACGGGGCAGCCCAAGAAGCUGCCAAAGAUUAUCCAGGAGCUAAGCAGGCUGGGCGUAUAUACGCAGGCUGUGUCGUUCAAGAGUUGGACGCAGCCAGAAGCCACCAACCCGAUGCACAUCUUUUCGCUAUCAGAGAACAAGUUCCUCGACCACCACGAAAAGUUCGGAAUGGAUCUCUUCAACCACAAUAAGCAGUACUUGAUGCGGGCCUACCCGUCGGGUCUGCGCAUCUCAUCCUCGAACCUGAACCCCCCUGUGUUCUGGGGAUCUGGUACGCAGGUCGUGGCGCUCAACUGGCAGCAGACAGACGAGGGAAUGAUGCUCAACGAGGGCAUGUUUGCUGGCACGGGCGGCUAUGUCCUCAAGCCACAAGGAUUCCGCCCUGACCUCGAGUCCAAGCCCUCACAGGCGUCGACCAUUCCGCGAAAGACCCUUGCUCUCACCAUCACGUUUCUCGCCGCUCAAGCAAUCCCUCUUCCUCAUGACAACACGACCGUCAAAGGCUUCAAGCCGUACAUCAAGACGGAGAUUCACGUCGAUGCAUCACACCUGUCUCCGCUGAACGACGGCCACGGUCACGAAAGCGAGUUCAAGGAGCGCACACGAACUCAUCGCGGCUGCGAUGUUGACUUUGCUGGCGAGAAGGUUUCCUUCAGCGGCAUUGGUGGCCUCAUCGAGGAGCUCACGUUUGUGCGAUUCACCGUCCGUGACGAUGAGAUUGGCAGAGAUGACCUUGCCGCGUGGGCAUGCGUCAGGCUCGACCGCCUUGGCCAGGGCUACCGCUUCAUCCACCUCAUGGACGACAAGGGCGCCUUGACGGAAGGCGUGGUGCUCGUCAAGGUCGAGCGGACACUGACGUAGGACGUGAGAAGUCCAUCGAACCGGCAUGGCGGCGGUGGCGGCGGCGGCCACCGACCGUGGCACCACCGCUUCAUGCACGCCACCAGCAACCACAGCGGGCAUUCACACUCUAGCAGCGAGUCGCAAAUGCGAGGCACCAUAUGAUGUAUCCCUUAUUUACCGCACGCGAGCACAGCACCAUAGUUCGUGUAUAUCCAUUUUCAUUUUCAUAGCCUCGAGUGGCUCUGAUUACUUUACUUGCAGCGCAUUUUAGACCGUAUCGUCGUCCUGGCGCACUCAAACCAGACAUGGAAGAUUCU